UCCGGUUUGAUGUGUCAAACAAUUUCCAACAAUUUCGGCGCUAGGUUAAAUACAUAGACGCAAAUAUGGGUCUUUGUAAAUGUCCAAAGAAGAAAGUCACUAACAUAUUCUGCUUUGAGCACAGAGUAAACGUCUGUGAACAUUGUUUAGUAUCAAACCAUGCAAAGUGUAUUGUAAAGUCAUACCUACAGUGGUUACAAGACAGUGAUUACAGUCCAGCAUGUACGCUCUGUACCAAGGUGUUAACGGCUGACAACGAGCAAUGUGUACGACUCACCUGUUAUGAUGUGUUUCACUGGCAUUGUCUGAACCGCUAUGCCAAUCAGAUGCCUCCUAACACUGCUCCUGCUGGUUAUGCAUGUCCCACGUGUAAUGCUGGGAUAUUCCCAGCUCAAAAUGUAGCAUCACCUGUAGCUGUGGAGUUAAGACAGAUGUUAUCUCAAGUGAACUGGGCCAGAGCCGGACUGGGGCUUCCACUGAUUGAUGAGCCAGAACCACCACCGUCACCAGCACCCCCGAUGGAGGUUCCCAUAGAAAUACAACAACAAACACUACAGCAAACAAUACCUAUGGCCCAGAGUACACCAUUGAAGAAUGAAUUUGUACCAGCAUCCUCACCAGCUCCUAUAAGGACAACACCUGGUCCCUCCAACCACACAAGACCAAGUGCCCAUGUGACCCUGACACCCCAGAUGCAGCACAGUGUGAUUAGUGUGGACACAGGCACCACAGUGCGAGGACAGGAGAAAGCUUAUGGUGUAGCAGAUCCAAGAAAACUGUUUGAUUCAACAAAAGAAGACACAAGUAAUAUGUUGAAUAUGUCACAUGACCAUGAUGAGGACAAAUAUAAAAGAAGACCUGCCCUUGAAUGGCUUGGAAAAUGGCUCAAGUCUCGGGACGGGAAACACAAGAAGGACCCUAAUGCAGUGAUGAAGCGGUUCCUGUUUGUUUUAAUCAUUGGACUAAUUGGAUUUGUAACUGUUGUUGUGAUUUUCUCUAAACUUGGACGUAACGCUACAGACAAUGACCCGUUCCUGGAUCCCAUGGCCAACCCUAACAUAAGGGUCAAUGAAUUACCGAAAAAUAUAGAUUAAUCAGCAAUUUUAACAUUUUUAAAUAUAAUAUUAUGAUACAUGUACUUGUGUUUAAAAUCUCAAUUAUCCACAUGUAAAAUAUGGCAAUCGAGUAAAGAUUUUGGAUACUCCAUUCACACUUACAAUUUUAUCUGGAUUUUACUUGAAACACAACUCAUCCAGAGUUGUUUGCCCUUUCUUUACAGCAUUAUGGAGUUCAUGUCUAGAUGCAAAACCAUUGGCAUUCACUGUUGUCUGGAUUUGGUUAUCAGUGUUUUAUAAAAAUGGAAAUUCGCUAGAGUAAAUCAGACAUAUACGGCUAUCAUGCCACUACUCUACUAAAAACAUGCUUUAUCACUCCUUUUAAUCCUCAAAUAUUCAUUCAAUAAAUAGAGGAUCUGUCAUUAAUUUCCUUUCAUAUUAGAUUUAUGAUAUAAGUUUUGAAUUUUUCAUGUUUGCUUGC